AUGUUUGUGUGUAUGUGUUGUGGGUCAGAGUUGAGGGAUGAUAAGCCAGUGUUUGAGAAGAGGCGUCUCAUGUGGGAGGAGAACAUGCAGAUGCACUCCAAGUUCCUGGACAGAAAGGUAGUCUUUCCCUACUCCCUACCAUUACCCCCUAAUAUCACCUAGCCCCUUACUCUUAAACCACUAACCCCUAAGUUUCCCACAUGACCUGACGUGUGUGUGUGUGUUGCAGGAGGAGUUGAAGGCGGAGCAUGCCUACCCGGAGCUUCACGCCAUGAUGGCGGACUUAUUGCGGUUACUGUUACUACUAAAACCGAGCGGUGUCUUCCUGUUCGCCCGUAAGGACUUCUCCCCCUUCCCCUCCUGCCGACCCCCGGGGGGGGGGAUCUUCAACACCUCCUCACCUUGA